UUCCUCAGUUUCUUUUUAAAAAUGAAGUUUUUGAUUGAGUUUUUAACUAGUUUUCUAAGCAAAUAGUAUUAUGGUUUAAAUGUUAUAUAAAUUUAUGUAAUUGGUAAUUAACUGAGUGACUAUGACCAGUGUAAAGUCAGAGGUACAGUGGUCGCCAGUUCACCCAAAUAAAUUUAUAACUUAUGGAACUGAAAUAUGUUUGUAUGAAAUUGAUCAAAUUAAAGACGUUGUUAAGCCUUCUUGUAUCAAAGUUUCGGAUACAACAAUAGCACAUCUUCUUGCUACUAAUACGAGCCUUCAUUAUAUUAAAUGCAUUGAUAUUUAUCCUGUUCUUGAGCCAGAUAUCUUGUUAGCUGUAGGACAAGCAAACGGAAAAGUAGUAUUAACUACCUUUGGUCCUACAACUUUUGACUCAUCAGGUUUAGCUAGCAGAGAACUAGUGCCCAAACAUGCUAGACAGUGUAAUGAGGUUGCAUGGAAUCCUGUAGAAUCAAACUAUUUAGUAUGUGGAUUAGAUAAAUAUCGCACUGACCAAUCACUUUUAUUAUAUGAUAUUUCGAAAGGUACUUUGAACUCAGAACGCGUGCUUCAUUAUAAUUCUAGUCAACUAGAAUCAGUUAGGCCAGUGUCUGAAGCUGGUGUUUCUGAAACAAUUCAUUCUUUAGCUUGGUUUAAUAAUGAGCCAAAAUGUUUAGUAACUGGAGUUAAUAAUAAACAGUUAAAAAUUGUUGACUUUAGAGACCCAGUAAAAAUAGUCAAUACAACACCUACAAAAGCUGUGUAUAGUUUAGCAGUUAAUCCACACAAUGAUUACCAUUUAGUAUCUCAUGUAGAUAAUCAAAUAACUAUUUGGGAUACAAGAUAUUUUGAAAAACCAGUCUUAACGUUAUCUCAAGCACGCCAAGUUAGUAAAGUUCUCUGGUGUCCAACAAGACAUAAUUUACUUGGUUCACUGCAGAAAGACUCUGCAUCAUUAUAUCUUCAUGAUAUACAACACUGUGGUCCUGGUGGAGAGGAUACUGAACCAGGUGCUCUAGAAAGAACUAUUGCUCCUCCAUGGACAAAUCCUUCCAGUUUCUCGUGGCAUCCUUCACAUGUAAAUAGAUUAUUAGCUAUUUCUCAACAAGCACUUUCAUAUACUUUGACUGAUUAUACUGUUUAUGAAAGAAUAACUUUAAAUUGGUCAACUAGAUCUCAUCUCGUAUGGAAUCAUGCCUCAAAGUCAUUCAAAUAUAUUUGUUGUAAUGAUAAUAUUUACAGAGCUCUUGAUGAUAUUUCGAUUUUGACGAAAAAUCGAGCUUCAGCCGAAUAUGGAUUACUGCCAGAACUAUCUCAAAAUGGUGAAUUAGCCGAAAAUGACAUACUAAAAAAUUUAUGGCAGUGGUUGUAUCUAAGUCGUUCUUUGGUAGAAGAUGGGACAAUACCUAGUCCUGAAAAUAAACAUCCUGGUGUGAAAACUGUUUUGAAGAUAGAUGGACAAAAUUCAAAUGGAAGUUUUACAAAAUCUGAAACUAUGCAUAGACAUUGGUCAGAUAUUAGUUCUAAUCAUACAGCAAAAACAUAUAGAUCUCCAGAUCGCGAUAAAGCUCUCCAAUUAUGCGGUUGGCGUUUUGAAAAAGAUACGAAUGCUCCGUACAAUAAUUUAUUUUUAGAAAAAUUAGAAAGAGAAGGAGCAUAUGCCAGAGCUACUGCAAUAUCUGUGUUUAAUUUGAAUUUACGACAAGCUAUAGAGAUUUUGAAUAGAGGUGCUAGUAAAAUUUUUUCUCCAACUAAUUUAAAUAUCGUUGCUAUGGCAUUAUCUGGAUUUACGGAAGAUAAAAAUAGCAUGUGGCGCGAAUUAUGUUUAAAAUCAAGAUCUCAAUUAACAGACCCGUACCUUCGAGCAACGUUUGCUUUUCUAACAGCUGACAAUGACUCUUAUGAAAAUGUGCUUAAUGAAAAUGGAAUGGCUGUGGAAGAUAGAGUAGCCUUUGCAUUAAUGUUUUUAUCUGAUAGUAAGUUGUAUGAAUAUUUGAAAAAGUUAACUCAAAAACUAUGUGACGAAGGAAACCUUGCUGGAUUUUUACUAACAGGCGCAAGUUUAGAAGGCAUCCAAUUAUUUAACAGAUAUUUAGAAAUAACUGGAGAUGUACAAAGUUGUAGUUUAAUAGCAAUAAGAGCUUUAUCUCCCAAAUUGUUACAAGAAAAUCAAGUUCAAAUUUGGAUUGAAAGUUAUAGAGGUCUGUUAGAUGCUUGGAAAAUGUGGAAUCAGAGAGCUCAUUUUGAUAUUGCCAUGAGAGCAUCAGUUAAUGAAAAGCCCCCACAGCAAAUGUAUAUUUCUUGUAACUUUUGUGGUAAGAGUAUAUCUGCAUUUAUGCAAGGAUUAAGUCGUGCUAGAGGUCCAUUUGGUAGAAUAGGAAGUACAUCAAACAAGUUAAAAAUGACAGCAUGUCCCAGUUGUCGAAAACCUUUGCCUAGGUGUGCUAUAUGUUUGAUGCAUAUGGGAACUGUGAGUGGCUUACAGGUAACAACUGGAACUUCGGGUAGAAACGAAGAAGAUAGCAAGUUAACUGAAUUUAGUAACUGGUUUACAUGGUGUCAAACUUGUAGACAUGGCGGUCAUGCUAAUCACAUUACACAUUGGUUUCAACAACACUCAGAAUGUCCUGUUACUUCUUGUACAUGUAGAUGUUUUUCUUUAGAUGCAUCAUGUAAAGUAGGUGUAGGAGUUGUUUAAAAUAAUUCUUAUGCAAUUUUUUAUUUUUUUGAACAUUUCUUUUAUUGAUACAAAUGUUUGUAAAAACGAUUUAAUAUAAAUUUAACUAUUUUACAAAUAGAAA